AGCUUUUACGACGCCGGAGCCAAAGCUUUGAAUUCCGGGCGGGUCUCUCUCGAUCCCGGACCGUAGACAUAGUCUCUCCCUUUUUUUCCACGGACGAAAGUCGCACAGUUCCAGUUGUUGUUUUUCGCAAAGUCGCUGCUACUGGCGUUGACCCGAUUCUUCGCAGGAUUUGUUUACGCGAUGUGUGGAUUUUUCGCUGAGAGGAUUUGAUUCCGGAACGUUGUUGUUGUUGAUGCGGUGGCUGCGAAGACUCAGUUCUCGCGAGUGAAAAGUCGUCAGUGAAGGAGUACUUGUUAUGGUUUGAAUAAUUGUUUAGUGAUUUGUAACAGUUUUAUUUUGUUUGUUCAUUUUUUGGAUUGGAUUAUCUUUUCGAUAUGGAUCUCUUGUCGUUCAUUACAACUCUCCUCAUCUCAAUCUUCCUUGGAGUUUCUGCCGGCCAACAACAAUAUUUUAGGGUACAGCCUCACGAUGUCAAAGUUCAAGAAGGAGGAGAGGCCAUGUUGGAAUGCGAGGUGGCCAAUUUAGUUGGACAAGUUCAAUGGACAAAGGACGGGUUUGCGUUAGGUUUUUCGUCGGUCAUCCCCGGAUUCCCCCGAUACUCGGUUAUCGGCGACAGGAGGCACGGGGUCUACAACUUGCGGAUCAGCAACGCCUCCCUGGAGGACGACGCCGAGUAUCAGUGCCAAGUGGGGCCCGCCAAACUCAACAAGGCCAUCAGGGCCAACGCCAGGCUCAACGUCACUUCUCCUCCGUCCUCGGUGGAAAUCCUCGACCAUCGUCACAAUUCCAAAAUCGAAAUAAAGGAGAACCAGGAGUUUCAUUUGGAGUGUCGGGUGAGGAACGCCAAGCCGGCUGCGAAGAUCGUGUGGUACAGAGGAAAUGUGGAGAUAAAUAUACCCAACAGAGAAGAUCAGACCAUCGAAAUUCCGGGCAAGAACAACAAUAAACGAAUCACCCGCUACGACACCCAUUCCCGCAUCUCCUUAAAACCGACCGCCGAAGACGAUUACGCAGAGUACACGUGCGAAGCCCGGCACGAGGCUCUAUCUCCAGAUAUUCCCAUGAGGGCGACGGUGCAACUCAGCGUUCUCUAUCCGCCAGGAUUACCGUAUAUCGAGGGAUAUACGGAGGGCGAAACAAUCAAGCGGGGCCAAACAGUGGAAUUAGUAUGUAGAAGUCGUGGAGGAAAUCCUCCAGCUCAACUAAUUUGGUACAAAAAUGGAGAACAAAUUAGAAUGGCUUACCGAACUGCUGGCCGAGUGUCAGAAAACGUUUACACUUUUACUGCGGAUGCUAGUGACAAUAAAGCCAGAUACAAAUGCGAAGCCAGCAAUAUAAUGUCGAAGAGUCCGUUAAAAGCAGAGAUUGAUAUGACCGUUUUAUUUUCUCCGUCCCAUGUCACAAUCUCUGGUCCUACAGAAGCUAGAGUCGGUGAUCCAGUACCACUGACAUGUACAACAGCAAACUCAAACCCACCAGCGGAAAUUAAAUGGAUGGUUGCUGGUAGACAAGUUCGCAAUGCCACGUCCAGAACAGUAGUUUCGCCAGAAGGCGGCUGGAUUACUACCUCAAACAUUACUGCUGUUGUAGAACCAAACAGGAGAAGUUUAGUAGUUAUUUGUCACGGACUCAACAUGCAACUGACUGAAAAUGUAGUGUCGACACAUACAAUUAAUGUUUUAUAUCCACCUAGUCAGCCAUUUAUUCAUGGAUACGUACAAGGAACUCACGUAACUGCCGGUGAAGUUCAAAAAAUAUCUUGUACAUCAUCUGGUGGUAAUCCUUUGGCAACUCUUACGUGGUAUAAAAAUGACAAGAAGAUACACUCUCCUGUUAAAACUACAGACAAGUCAGUAACGGCAGAAAUAACGAUACUUACAAACGUCACUGACAACGAAGCUCGAUACAGAUGUGAAGCAGCUAACUCUGCUACUGAAAUUCCAUUAUUUGAAACAAUCACAAUGAGUGUUUAUUAUCCACCAGAACAUGUCAGAAUUCGGCAAGAGCCUGCAGAACUAAGACCCAACGAAGAAGCCACUCUCAUAUGUGACGCCAGCUCUAGCAAUCCACCAGCUAAAUUGUCAUGGUGGAGAGAAGGAAUUCCUGUUCAAGGAGUACAAAAUACUUCAAAACCUGGCCUUCAUGGAGGAACUGUAUCAUCCAUCGAAAUUAAGGUUAACGUAACCGAAGACAUGAAUGGCAUUCAGUAUGCCUGUCAAGCUCAAAACGAGGCCUUACAAAGGAGUACCCACGAUUCCAUAACACUGCAAGUCUUAUAUAAACCAAUUUUCGAUAAAAACAACGAAAAUUCUGUCACCGGUAUCGAAAACGAACCCCUAAUGAUUUCUUUAAAAGCCGAUGGUAACCCCGAAAGUAUAGCAUAUACUUGGACAAAAGAUGGCUUACCCAUAACGCAAUCUUCGAAUUCGAAUGGUAUGGAACGUAUCAUUUCUGACGGUCCAAUUUUAAACAUUACACGUCUAAGUAAACAUGACGCAGGAACUUAUAAUUGUGAAGCUCUGAAUUCUCAGGGAAGUAGCAUGGCUACUGUAAAUAUAACUGUGCAAUAUCCAGCUACAAUUAUCCAAACAAGCGGUGCAGUCAUAGUAAAUCCGAAAGAAGAUGCUACAUUGUCAUGUACAGUAGACAGUAAUCCUCUAGCUGACGACACAAUCACAUGGAAACGAGAAGACUUUCCGGACUUUGACGCUAGAACGUCGGUGAUGUACGAUAAAAAUGGAACGUCGUACUUGAGGAUCAGUCAAGUGACCAAAGAAGACCUAGGUCAUUUUCAGUGCAUAGCAAAUAACGGAGUAGGGAAUUCCACAAUGAAGGAAGUUAUGCUGAUCGUUAAGCAUAAACCUGAGAUGGAUGAACAACCAGCUCUUUUGAAGUUUGCUAGCGAUGCCGGUGAUACUGCAAAGAUGGUUUGUAGAAGUCGAGCGUCUCCUUUGGCAAGAUAUUCUUGGGCGAGGAAUGGAAAUUCUAUUAGUGCUAACACAACAGGGAAAUAUUACACUACCUACAGACAGGUUGACGAAUUGACCUCCGAGUCCGUCCUCUACAUAUCCCACGUCACAUCGGCCGAUUACGGCAUCUACGAGUGCGUGGCAAAGAAUGAUCUCGGAUUUUCAGUAGUCUCCCCUAGGUUAGAAGUAACGUCUGCCCCCGACACCCCUACAUUGCUAAUUGUAUUAAAUUCUACCCAUGACACUGUUACUUUGGGUUGGACCCCUGGUUUUGAUGGUGGAUGGAAACCAUCUUACCGGAUAAGAUACCGACAGGUUAAUGAUGAUGGUUACAAAUACGAAGAUGUUGUCCCCAGCAAUGCAACGACUUACACUGUAAAAGGGCUCAGUGUUGAUACACAAUAUAUCUUUUCGAUAAUGGCCUCAAAUAAGUUGGGAAGCAGUAACUACAUGCCUGAUUUACUGUCGGCAAAAACUUCAAACAAGAUACCGCCGUCCUACUCCAGUCCCAGCCUGGACGAGCGCAACCUGAAAAACUUCCCCGGCUUCCUCAUCAUCGUCGGCACGAUAGUCGGCACCCUGCUCAUCCUCAUGAACGUCCUGCUAAUCGGCUGCUGUCUGCACAGACGCCGCGCCAAGAAACACCGCCCCUCCUCAGAACAAAACAACCAAACAAGCAAAUCGGCCACAAUUGAAAUGUAUGCCCCUAGCAGUUACAAUGACACAAUGACGGGGGAAACAUUAUCUUCUGUCAGUGAAAAAAGCGAAACCUACUCCAACGAGGGUAGCAAUAAUGAAUACGUGGAUGACAGCCGCAGCAAGCAAGCGCCCAACUCGUACAUAAUCGAGCAGCCGCCGCCGGUAGACUACCCCCCAGGUGCGUACCCCGUGUACGAGAUGCAGAUGGGACCCGUGUCUAUGGCCCACAAGACCCACACCCUGCCUCACCCCCAUCACCAUCACCAUCAUAUUAUGCACGACACGAGACCGAGGUCGCGCGACGACCAAAGUCUCGGGCAGUACGGUCCUGGCACGGGCAUGUCAGCUAAAUCUUCAUACGUGAGCGCACCAACCCCCACACCCCCAGCCGACGGCAGCUACUACAACGUUUCCGACCGUUACCUCUCGUAUCCCCCGCCACUGGACUUCCAGAACCCGCCCCCGGUGCCCGCUCAUCCUCAUUUAGCGCACACCGUAACUCCAGCCACGCCGCCCCUGCCCUCCAACGGCUCCCUGUUACGUCACCAGCGUCACGUACCCCCACCCGACGUCCUGCACAACACCAGCCAGAAUGCGCAGAUCCUGCAGGCGCAGACGCUCGCGCAGAAACGCGAACUGACCAGUUUCGGUAACGGUUACGGCGUCAACGAGCAGGAGGGACAUCUUGUCUGAGACAGGGACGGUUUCGACAUUUUGUACGUUUUGUAAAAAUGGUAAUGAGUAUAGAUACCUAUGUGGUAUGCUAACCUCGGUACGUGUACCUAUCUACUACGACUGUGACUGCGGGCUCAAAAACUGAAAAUAAAUGCCGGAUAUAUAGCUCAAAUAAUGUGUAAGUUGGAUACGAGGAGCUCCUGUUUAUGUACUGACAUAAUUUAUUGUAUUGAAAUAUUAAUUUAUUUAAAAUGUGUUUUAUAUUAUACUAAUAGAUACUGCUACGUAAUUUUAUUGUCAUAUGUUUUAAAUAGUUUAUAGCAGUACAUUUUGUCAUAUUUUUACAGUGGGUUAAUAACUUCAAUCCUCUUGAAAUAAAAUUGAAAGAAAAUAUAAAGAAGUAUUAACAGAAGUAUUUGUAAAAGGAGCAUCAGAUUAGUUUGUCUCAGUUGAUUUAUGUACUUAAAAUAAUAAAUUUAUUUUUUUCUUUUUGAUGAGGAUUAAUGUGUUUUUUUUUGUUGGUUAGGUAAAUAUCUGUUAAAGUUAAGAGCUUCAAAGAAGUUUGUCUUCAUGGACUUACACUAAAAUAUUUUAAUAUUUAAAUAUUUUGUUUCACAGAAAAAUAUUUCUAGAAGAUAACAAUUUAACAAAUUUUGUUCAACUUUUUUUGCUAAACUCUGAUUGACCAAACCAAAACUCAACUGAAUUGCAAAUUUAUUUAAGAGAACAUCUGUACAUUUAAGAGAGGUAUUCUUUCAAAAAUAUACAACAUUUAGUACUACCACAAAAUACUACAAACAGUAGUCAUUUCUUUAUGAUAAUUAUGGUAAGAUAUUAAACAACUAGUCGUCUAAUGUUUCCUUUUUAUUCUGUUAAGGUAACAUAACAUGUACUACGCAUUUUCUGAAAAUACUUAAUAACUGCAUUACUACAUUAUGACUUAGUUAAUUAAAAAUAAAAUUACAUGGCAAUAUUUAAAAAUUAAAUAUUCUGUACUUACUUUACUAAACAUAUUUUAUUAGAGUCAAAAUUUUAUUCAUUUUCAAUAUGCAACUAAUUUGCUCUAAUGAUUAGAAGCUGGGAAUGUUUGGUCAUAAACUCUUAACCCUGGAUGCACACAGAAAUAGCUAAACUGUUUUAGUCAAAAACAAUUCUCAACAAAUCAUUAUAUGUUUUGAGAAAAAAUUGUUUAAAUUAUUAGACUAUAAAAAUGACUUUAUCCAAUAUUCUAAUAUUUAUUUAUUAUCAAAAAUUUAAAAUUAGAGCUUAUUUAGUUGUAUUGAUAAAUUUGAAACCAUUUUGAAAUAAAGAUAAAUGGAAAACAAUCUAUAAUCUCCUUUGCUGGAGACUGAUUAUAACUUACUAUUUAUAGAAGAAAAUAUAUUGAAAUUUUCUUACAAAAUUUAAAUAAAUGUUAUUACAAUUUAAAAGAAUUAUUGUAAUUUGAAAUGUCCUUUUUUAAUUUUGAUUUAUUUGGGGUUUUUGUACUGAUAUUACAAAUGUAAAAUAUAAAGCAAUAUACUUUAAAAAUUUAACCAAAUAUUUGUUCCAAAGGGUUUAUGUCUAAAAAUCGCAUAAUUAGAUAAUAUUAAAUAUAUAUAUUUUCUUCUAUUUUCCUCAAUUUCAAGGAAUUACCUAAGACAUGUUUCAAUGUUAGAGUCAAUUUGAAAUUGACAUUGUCUAUAAAUAAAUUUUGCUAACUGAUAAUCAGUUGUUGAGAUAUAAGAUAUCUAUGUGAUCCCUAGAUAGUAAACAAAUUAGUAGUAACAACUUGUUAUUUUUGCAAAUAAUAUUUAAUUUAAGUGAUUUGUUCGAAAGAAGACAAAGUCUUAUUUGUUUAAAUUAACCUAAUUGUUAAUAAACAUAUUUUUGUGUAGAUAUAUUUUAAUUGUUUUGUAUAUAGUAUAUUUGUAAGUAUUUUAACACUGUAAUUAAAAUGUUAUUUAACUAGUCCAAUCAAACAACCAAAGUUUAAUUCAUUAUUGUAUUCGUUAAUGUGAAAUUUCUUACAUUAUGUAUUUUUUUAUUCUGCACAUUUUUCGCUUACUUCUUGUACAGUAUGAUUUUAGUUUUGUAAUUAUUAUUCUUGCCCUAAUUUUGUUAAUAUUAUUUUACUGUAAG